AUGCUUAAAACUGUUCUGUGGUCUCUCCUCGUGGCUUUAUUUAACAGUGCAGUAGAAACAGAGGCGAGGACUGAAGGUAGGUUCAGACAAUAGUGCUUUACAACAUGAUUUCUUUCCAAAGUUUUAACACAUUUCAAACCAAGAGUGUUCCAAAUGAUUUUUUGAUUACUGCAUCCUCUGUUGCGAGAUUUUACAUUAGUAGACGAAUCCUGACGUAAAAACUGAGCCAGCCGCUACAUUUAGCAAGGUUCUUAAGCUACGUGAAAUAUCUACAACAGCACAGCCGAUUAUGAUCAAUAGCCGAAAUCGACCCUUUCAGAACCAUGAGCAUAUCAUCUCAAUUUGAAAAAGUCGUCGUUUUUUUUUCUCUCGCGUAGUAUCCCACUCAAUUUCUUAUAAGUUCAGAAGGAAAAUGUCUCGUAGCUGACGCCUUAUAGUUCUGCAUUAUCACUCAGCACAUGGCUGUCUGAAUUAUUGUCUCGAAAUGCACACCGAAAUGCUGACUCACUGAUGACUAAAGUUGUCGACUGAGCAUGAAUUAAGCCGCCUUGCGGAAAUCAUCGGCAAAACAGGGCUGUUUGGCAAAACCGCUUCCAUCACGGAAGAAUGAAAAGUACUAGAAUAAAAAUAGCAACCAACGCAACAUCGAAAAGAAAGAGAAAAGGGGGUGAGUUUAUGAGAAAGAGUGGUGCUGCAGAGGUUGAGGGUAUAACAAGAUAAUUUCAGUGGUUUAUCAACUGAUUGAAAAUGUAUAAAGGGGUAAGUUUCUAAAGAAACUGUGGUGCUGCGUCGGUGGGAGAGUAUAGCAGGUAAUUUAGUGUUAACAACUGGGUUGAAAACGCAAAUUAGCCACCGUAAAGGGUAAAAAAGCUGACGUUUCGAGCGUUAGCGCUCUGACGAAGGGCUAACGCUCGAAACGUCAGCUUUUUUACCCUUUACGGUGGCUAAUUUACGUUUUCAACCCAGUUGUUAACACUAAAUUACCUGAUUGAAAAUGUAGUCAACCAUCGUAAAGAGUUCGGACUUGAGCCGAGAAAUAGGCCCAUAAAACGCGAAAAAGGACUAGGCUAAUAUCCAGCAAUCUUGACCGAACAAGCUUAGUCAACAAAGAAUUUAUAAUGUCUCGUUUGUUUGUUUGUUUCAAGCCUCCACGUCAUGCAAUAUUUUUGUUCUUACGGGGAUCAAAGCGGGCAGUCUGGAGCGGGCAAGAUGGGAAUUAAUGAAACUGUUUUUAUUAUCGGCUAUACACUCUACGAGGAUUGAAUCAUGAUGCAAAAUUGGAAUCAUAUUUUAUCCUUUCCCGAAGUCGUUUCAAACCAAACCUCAAAUGUUAACGAAGUCAAGAUUGAUCAUGCACUGAAUGACGGCACGCCCACCAUAGUCUGAUCGAUGUCUCGCCCGAGUGCUUUUCUACCUACAACUAGCCAAUCAUAGGACGAUAUUCUAUCAGGAUUAUUUUAAUUUCCGAAAGAUCAUCCGCCCGUCACUUAAAUGUCAGAGUAGUUUCUAUGGUGAAUUGUGUUACGCAUCCUGUAGGGUAAUCGUUUGUUCGUAGACUCGAUUCCCCCCUUAAACUAGCUAAAUCCUUUGAAUUCUUCUUUUGUCUCUCUGAACUGCUUUCAUCAAGGUAAAAAUAGAGAUAACUCUCUAAAAUCGUUAAAAAAAAAACCUUCAACUCUGUUCUAGAAUCCCACAAAUAAAUGCUGUUUAUAGUCUGACUGCAAAUCAAUUUGAACCUACAUGUGAUUUGGGCUAAUUAAAUAAUCUCCUCUUACAGGUCUCGUCAAUGUGGAUAUAACAGUGAGCACAAGCAAACUGAAGGAAACCAAAGAGUUCUACACAAAGUACUUGAAAUUUAAAGUUAUGAAGGAAACGUCAGGAUUUCUCUCGCUCCUACCCGGGCCAGGUGACUUGCUAUGCUUUGCACACGUUUUUGUAGAAACAAAAGAAGUGACAAGCAGUCUAUGAAGCGAGUUUUUCACGACAGUUUUUUUUGUUCUGACCAGCUGUUGUAACUUGUUUUUUUUUGGUUUUGCGAAACUCAAUCGAAAUGGACUCAAAUUUUGGUUCAUUUUAGUUCUGACCAGCUGUCUUCGUUUUGGGACUGGUGAGCCGAGUUUCUGUUUGUAUCCAUUAUUGUCGCGAAAUAAAUUAUUUUACCCCGCGCUAACAAUGGCCGCUCGCGCGAAAAAAAAAAUUUCUGGCGAAGCGAUUUGCUCACGUUAUCAGCGUGCACUAUCGGGACUUUGAGCACGCUUACGUAUACUGAAUUCGAUUGCACUGCUCUGCUAGCUAUGUUAUAAUUAGAAUUGGCAACGACCCAUAAAGAUUAGUUCGCGCCGGAGAAAACGCGAAAAUGAAACAUCAAGGAGUAACGUGGAGGAAUCGAGCCACUAUAUCAAUGUCUGAACAUGAAAAAUUUCAGUUAAAAUGUGAUUCGAUUUUUCCUUCUCUCAGCUUUCAGGGAGUUAUAAAUUCAAAAUAAUAAAAAGUUCUGCAAACAAAAGUAACUCUUCUAAACCUCAAAAUGACUGAACCUAUGAUUAAAAUCCUGAUGGGACGAGGACACGAUUCCGUGGCUUAUCGUGAAGAACUCAUUUGAUGGAAAUUUUUCAGAGUAACUGAACAAACUGAACAGCAAGUCAUUCAGUACCACGAAAAUACAAGAUUGAAACGUGUAUGGAAGAGCCAAGGAGCUAUGAACGUAAAAGCCAAUUGUCAAAAUCUUUUUUAACAGAAGUUAUGUUCAAAAUUUUUAACCGAAAAUGAAUGUCCAACAUUCAACUUUGAUCUAAAAUUGGACUGAUUUAUCUCUACUUUUGUUUACGGUACAUUGCAGUUGUAUCAUUGCCAUCGAAGGUGGCCCUUGGAAAUAAUUUGAUAUUGAAGAUGGUUCUGUAACAUGAAGUUCAUAUCUAAAGCUUUAACAUAGUAAUGUCUAUUAUGCAAUUUCAAUGGCCUGUCGAAAGGGAAAGGGAUUGCUUUGGUUAUACUUAACUGUGCUUUGUGAUUGGUCGAGAAAACUCAUGCUACUUUUCCAACCAAUCAGAUGCAAAAGUAAAACUGAUCACGACUUGGUCACUCGCGUUUUCCCGCGCUUUGCGCAGUUUGGUGGCUUUUACUUUUAGUUCUCAUUGGCUCUUAAAUAAAGGUAUUUUUCUACGUUCAGAUUGGCCGUUGUGAUAACUUUGGUUUUUGGUUUUACGACACUUAAUCGAAAAGUACUCUAUUUGCACGACUGUAAUUUUGAAGGUAUAUAGAUCAAAAACAGUCUCUAGCUUGCUUUGUUGUUGGUACUUUUCAGGCUGAUUAUGUGUAAUCCGCGUUUUUAUGCGUAAAACUUGAGUAGUUCUCGCAACAGACGCCGAGUUGACACCUCGUUCAAGUUAAAACUUGAUUUGUCCUUCCGACUUUUUAAUAGGUGUUGCCUUUCUUGAUUUCGUCGUGGAGGGUGCAGAACACGCAUGCGCCAGACCUCAGUUGGCAAGGAAUUUUCCUGGGAAAGGCAUGUUUCUUACUUACAAUCUGGGAGAUGUGGAUGCAGCUUGUGAGGAGUUCAACAAAUCUGGAUAUCCGCUGGCCAUGCCAAUAAAAACUGAGCCUUGGUUUGAACGUCAUUGUUACGUCAUUGAUCCAAACGGGAUACCGCUGAACCUAGCUCAUUGGAAUGACACUCCAGCUGAACCAAAAGGUAAAAUAUUACUUAGGGGGAACUCUGCCUUUAGUAAAACACAAAGCUAAUCAAAAGAUUUCUCUCGAGACUGCCACGCUUUGCAGGAGAAGUUUGAGCAGCUUAAGUCUAAAGCGUUUUCGUUUGCAUUUAAAAUGAAAAAAGGGCCUAAAUUACAAAACUGGAAAAAAGAAAAACAGAAAAAAGAACGAGAACAAGCAUAGAUGGGACAACAACAAAAGAAAAAAAAAGAGACAAACAAACAAAAAAUUAAACAAGUUAAAUGGAUUAACGAGAAGCACAAACACGAGAAAAAUUUUCAUUUUGUUAUAAUGAAGUCUACCUAUAUUAUUUAAGGACUAAAAGGACCUUCAGGGCAGAGUUUGCAUUACCAACUGUUGUUAUUGUGGAGAGAGAAGUUGGAGAUUCAAUGCUGUAACGUAUUUGCGUUCGUGUAUGCAAUUUAGGGCUACAAGGCGUUUGAUUUCCACCAAUUCGCUCUGACGAAGGGCUAACGCUCGAAACAGCUGCUUUAAAACUAUUUACGGAGGCCAAUUUACGUCAUAAACUCAGUUGAUAAAACUUAAUUACCCUGAUUUCCAUUUAGUCGAUUAAUCAUGUAGGCUGAUAAGCGUAAAAAAAGUGCAAGAAUUAGAAGGAUGAAGAUAUCGACUUUGAAUUUAAGUGCAACUGAUUUCUAUUCUCUGAAAAGAGCUAUUGUUGUUUAAAUUAGUCUGGAUUACAUUGGGCUGGCUCACGACGCCAUGAAAUUGGUCAAGAAAUUCGCAAGAUAUUGGCUUUCCGAUUUGUUAAAGUAUAUCCACAGGUGUGCGUUGACGUUCAUAAACGUAUGUUUUUCUACUUUUAAACCUCCCGUUCAAUCGUAAGUGAGGUAAAACAAAAAGUAAACGCACGUUUCGAAAAGACCCACUAUUGUGUAUCGAUGCAAACGUUUUGCAAUAGUGUCUACCUUUGUUUGCGAGUGCGCAGAAAGCUUUGCCUACGUUUAACCCUUAAAACCCCAAGAGUGACUAAUUUCUCCUCACAAUAUCAGCCCUGAAUCAAACAUUAGGUAACGAGAAUAUAGGAAAUGAUCACCAUAUCAAAUGAAUAAAGCAUGGAUCGAGAACAUGCUUACUGGUGUUAGGAUACAAAGGGUUAAGAAUGUAGACGUCUACAUGAAAUCAUGACUUCAGUUUGAAACCUAAAAUAAAUUGAACAUACAUUGCUUACUCACAUUCUAAGGCGGUCGAGGCAUUUAGUAAGUGUUAACCCUUAAAACGCUAAGAGUGACCAGCAUCAAAUUUCUCCCCACAAUAUCACCACUGAAUCACACGUUAAUGUCAUGAGAAUAAAGGAAAUGAUCACCAACGAAAGAAGCCUUUGAUUGAUAAACAAAUUCUCCUUAUCAGCACCUUAGGAAAUGUAUAAAGAGCAGUAUGGAGAAUAUGCAUACUGAUUUUAGAGUGUAAAAGCUCCUAGUGGCUCCCUGAAUAGCAUUUUAAUUAGCCGUUGUAAUCAUUUAGCGUUUGGUUAUACAACACUCGAAAGACGCUUUGUAAGUGACGGUUUUCCUUCUCAUCUUUCAACAGGCGUUAGCAGCAUGGUAUUCUAUUAUACCUCUCUCAACCUGUCUGAAUUACAAAACUGGUACAGUAAAAACCUUAACAUGACGGUGACGAGUGGGGUGGACAAGAUCGAUUGGGUGAUAACGCUGACCGCUGCUAAAGGCACUGUGGAGUUUCGUCCAUUCCAUCCUAGAAACAUGACCUAUAACCCAGCUUCUUUCAUUCCGCACUUACUGGAAGAAUUUGAUGGACAUGGCCUGUCAUAUACGUUUAAUUUCAACACAUCCACCGAAGUGGACAGGUGAGAUAUUUACAGUAUCAUUCGGCUCGCUUUGCAAAGAUGCAAAAAAGAAAGAAUCCUGAGUUCUGAUCGGUUAACUGAGCUCUUGUAGCCGGCUUACAUAUCUCUAGGAUCGAUUUCCGCCGUUUUCACGAGUCCGAUCUUCGAUCCUCUCACGAAGGAACGGCUGUGAUUUCGGGAAUUGAGCGCAGACUCGUUUCCCGAACAGCGGCUGGUAAUCGAGCCUAACAUUAUUCUUCUUUACCUCUGGGCAAUUUUUUUCAUAGUAACCGAGUACUAUAGUUACUUGAAAUGUUGUGGAAGGUUACUUAGUAAUGCUAAGAGAUAAGAAUGAGGUGUCAGCAGAAACCGCUAGCGCUCGCAUUCAUCAUUGUCACUCUUUCUAUUUUAAGGCUUUCGUGUGGCCCUGGGAAAGGACUAAGAAGGCCCUCAGGGCUGAGUUUGCAUUAUUGUUGUUGUUGUUGUUUUUACGCACAUUUGCGCAUAUCUUGGUCCGAUAUUAACAAAAGCAGAACUCUUGGAUAUGUUGCAGGUGGUGCCAGUACCUUGAAGGCCGCAAUCUGAACCUAAAGCGACCAUUAGGCUGGGUGGGUGGGCAUAGAAGAUGCGCAAUAGAUGACCCAAAUAGUGUGGUAAUAAACAUAGCCACCCCUGGAUGGAACGAGUACGAAGAAGAGGUGAACUGCCCGGUCGAAACGAAAUCCGAAGCUCCAGGGAUUGUGAAAGGAGCCAGCAUCUUGUCCGUGGCUGUAGCGCUUCUUAUUUCAGUCUUGCCUUUUUAG